GUUUCUUGCCAACCGCCAAUAAAAAGUAGGAAGAAGAAGAAGACCGUCACAUCACUACUCAGUACAAACAGUUGCAGAGCUGCAUCCUUAACUUUCCAGCAAUGGACAAGUUGCAUUAUACUUCACAAUCGUCCUGUAAAUCCAAGGUUUACAGGAUUCCUGCUCUUUUGUCCGUGGGAGAAACUCUUCUGGCCUUUGCUGAGCGGAGAACAGAAAAAGCCGAUCAUAUGGCGGAGGAGCUGGCUAUGAAAAAGGGAGUGCUGCAGAGGGAAACCAACAGAGUUACAGUUGAGUGGACUGAGCAGAAAGUUGUGGAAGAAGCGCACAUUGAUGGUUACCGUACUAUGAAUCCCUGUCCAGUAUACGACAGGACAGACAGGAAGCUAUUCUUGUUUUUCAUCUGCGUAGAAGGAAACUGCACAGAAUGGUGGCAAAUUGACAAUUACUGCAACAAGACCCGGCUCUGCUACGUCACGAGUGAUGAUCUUGGAGAAACCUGGAGUGGACUGACUGAUCUGACUGAACAUUUGCGUAGUGACUGGGUGACAUUUGCAAUUGGGCCAGGUCAUGGUCUUCAGACAGAGAGUGGUAGACUGAUGAUUCCAGCUUAUGCUUAUGUGGGUGUAAAACCCCUUAAGCCGGUUCCACGCGCCGUCUCCAUGUAUAGUGACGACUCUGGUGUAAACUGGCAGUUUGGCACGUUGUUUGAAGGACAAUCAAUAGAGUGUCAAAUGGCUGAAGUUUGUGAUGCAAAUGGUAGGUUCAUCUAUUGCAAUGCCCGCAGUAACGAAGGGCAUCGGGUGGAGGCUUCCAGUGACAGUAAAGGACAAAUGUUUGCAAUACACAGUGACAAAAAGCUUGUGGAAACAGGUUGUGGCUGUCAGGGAAGUGUGGUGUCCUUCCCAGCCCAAAACAAAGACUCAGCAGCAGGAGGUGAUACAACUCACUGGCUUUUAUACACACACCCAAGCCAUAAAAGAAAACGACUUGAUUUGGGUGUGUUUCUGAACAAAUCCCCACCCAAUCCAAAUGCAUGGAGUGAACCCUGGCUCCUUUACAGGGGCCCCAGUGGUUACUCUGACCUGGCUUACCUUGGUGACGGUUGGUUUGCGUGUUUGUUUGAAUGUGGGAAGAAAGAGGAAACUGAGCAGAUUGCUUUAAAAAUUUUCAACUUAAAUGAAAUGGAGGGAGACGCACAAGAAAGUCACACCUCCACAUUGCAGCAACCCACUAAGCCUAUAGGGAGUGAAAUAAUUACUUGCUUUGCCUAAUCAAAUGAAAAUCCUAUUCCUCAGUUUUGACAAAUGGACCAUUUUUGAAAGGUUGACCAAAGAUCUUUAAUGAGAAAUGAAGACAGUCAAAUGAUAAAUGAUAUAAUUUCAGUUUACAUGAAACAAAUGUCUACAUGAAAUAUUUUUUUCUUGUAGCUUGUAUUGAGCAUGAGAUGUAUUUCCAACAUUAACAUCUUUAACAUUAAUUCUUAAUAUUUUUAUGACAUUGACAAAAUAUAGUGUCAUCUUUUUUGUUAUGUUUAUUUACUUCUGUAAUCUUUUUGAUUAUGUUUUCUUAGCAUAACUGAAAUUUAAAAAGUGCAUUAAAUUCCUAUGAGGCAACAUUAUUAUUUGCAAUUUCUAAGUUUUAGUCAAUCAAACUUUCAUUGAGCUGUCAAAAGAUUUUUCUUGAAAAUACAAAGUGCUUAACACACGUGACAAACUGAAGGCCCGGGGACCAAAUCUGGCCUGCCGGAACUUUUUGUGAGGCCCCUAGAUAAACCUGUUUUGAUGUAAAAUGUGUUUACCCUUCUUGAAAGAUUAUGCAACAAGAGGGGCAGGUUUCCUAAAUAGGACAGAGCAUCAUGUGGUGAUUAUUAAAGCAACAUCUCAUAAAGGUAAAGCUUCAGCACAAAUGUUUCUUCAAAACAGACAAUGACCCCAAUAAGGGGGUCAUUGUCUGAAGGUCAGGUUUGGUCUGAUUUAAUAGACAGGAAAAAAAGGUUUACUUUGUUAUACAAAAUCACCUGCCUUUGAAUAUUUCUAAGUUAAUUCAGCAGAAACUCCCACCAGACUAGACUUCUGAUGUGGCACAUAUUCACAAAACUGCCUUGUAUUAUUAUAGAUUACACAUGUUCUUCUUCAGCCUGUAAAAAUCUUUUCACUGAAAAUGAAUAAGGUGACUGGAUGGUGAGCUGGAUCCUUCCAGGACCUCCACAGGAAGCCAACAUCUGUGAAAGACAAUGCAGCUGGAAAAAUUGGCCUCCUGUCUUUAGCUUGUAUUACAUAUUACAAGAUGUAAUACAGUGAAAUACUCCCAGAAAGUGUUCUGCAUUUCUGACUUGCAGUCUUGCAUCCCCGCAUGGAAAUGGUUAGCAGACUGCUGUUUAUGGAUCCCACACAUGACAGAAAAUCUGCGUUUUUGAAGGGCAAAGUAAUUUAGAGCUAUUAGCAAUGCAACAUAACAAUCUAAAUGAGAGACAACUGGGAUAGUGUUUUAGUGUGUUUUUAUUCUCUUCAUAAACCUGCAGAUUUUUGAUGGCAGUUACUGAACAUGUGUUUAUCAUUUAUCUGUCAAGACCACAUUAUACAAUGAAAAGACACCAGAUGAUGGUUUACAUUGUGAAGUAAGUGUUUUCCUCUGGAACAACAAUCCAGUCUCCAUUAUAGUGGGGCUUAAGGUGCGCCUUGUAGGCAUUACGUACAUUCUAUGUUCUGUGUGGUACUUUGCAGCUAAAUAGUGUUUUUGUUUUUUUUAAUUGCUGACUUUAUGCUUAAAUUAUUAAUAUUUUAGUUUGCUGACACUACAUUUCACAAGGCAUUAAGUGGCACUGAAUUCCUCUUCAUUAGAAAUGGAUUACAUCAGAUUAUAAACUGAAUUUUCUUGUUAGCACUGAGAAAACCAAGGUGCCCUUUAAUAUAUUUAAAAGUUGUUUUGUUUCAUCUGUGCUGCUGUACCAUGAAUAUCUGAGGAACUUUGAUAAGGUUCAAAAUAAUAGUUGCUUUUUUGGUGUUUGAGGUACAUUUCAAUUCCUGCCAUGAACUUUGAAAUGACAAUGACCACCGUCCACAGAGAACCAAAUUUUAGAUCAGCAUGGACUUACCGGAUGCCGACCAAGAAGGAUGUUCCUGGGAUUUGACUGCAUGAACGAGCUAAAUGCGUCCUGGAGAAAGACUGAAAUUUUUAGUCACAAUGACAAGACUUGUUUUUGAAAAAUCAAACUUAGACUCUCGGAACAUGAUUGUGGUAGCAUAAUGCUGUGGUACUGUACCGUUGUCAUUCA